AUGUUUCAAAAAAAUCCUAAUCGCAAUCGAGGCCAAACUCUCUACACAAGUUCGCCGAAUUUCGAAACCACUGGGAAUACGUUUACUACUGGAAAUUUUUUGGAUCCAUCUUCUCUAGCGUCAAGGCGACGUUCCAGUAGCAUUUGCGUUGGAGAUCUUCAGAUCAUGAACGAGCGACGUUUGCCGCCUGCUCCGGUGAGAAAAGCAACAAGAACUCGCGAAGUUCGUCAAGCAAAUCGAGCUCGCUUGAACACAAUAUGUUCACAAGAAGUUUUUAAUGAUCAAGCACCACGAUAUGAUUUCUAUGAUGACUACAAACCGAUGCAAUACAGUUAUGUCAAAUACGAGCCCCAAGAUCAUUUCUCAAGAAGUUGGCGAUGGGUGAAAAAGAGAAAACAUGUUGUCAUUCCAUGGACUAUCGGAAUUGCUGUGGCUAUUGUAAUGACCGUGCUGAUACUCACACAAACUGUGCAAGAUUUUAAACAU